CGAGUCCAGGAAGUUGACAGCCCAUCUCGGUGAGAAAGAACCAAACAAGGGAUCUUUAAAUUCCUACUAAACGCCCGGAAAACCAAAACAUUCGGAUUUCACUUGACCAGAGACUUCACUGGACGGUCAGAAGGAAGGGACGGUGGCCAUUUUGUAUUUGGAAAUUCUUCAUCACACCACCACCCUCCAGUGGUGAAUCCUGUCAUCAUUAUGGAUUCCUCUGCAGUCCUCCGGCAGCAAAGUCAGAAGAAAGUCCACAGUGACUUUCUGAGAUUGAAGAAUGAACAUAACAAAAUCCUAGCCGACCGAAAACCUUCCAAACCCGUGACUGCACCUCAUCUUUCUAAACAAGACAAUGAGAACAAGGAUCCCGGAAGUGCAGACACAUGCAGAAAGGGAGCUGUGCGACCAACUGUAAGCAGACUGCCGGUGCUUGCUAAGUCUCUUCCUCUUCAGACUCCCGUUGACUUCACUCAAUCCCACCGAAGAUGGGAGGGGAAACCUCUGGCUGGUAAAGCUAAGAAGAAAAAGCCGUGCACGAGGCCUGUUCCUUUUAACCUGACUCAGCCCAAGAGCUCAGCAACCAGCCACAACCGACAGCCAAAGUCACAUCCCGGUUCUCAGGCUGUCCAACCUGAAAACAAUGUAGGCAAUGCUCGUCUAAGGACCCAAAACAUAACUUCAAAACCUACUAAACAUCCUGCUGUGUCAAACAGCCAUGUUGACUCAACACAUAAGUCUCAUGGAAAGUCCACAGAGAAAAUAUCCCACCUGUCAGGGCAGUCCGAGCCCCCGAGCACUUUCAAGACUUCAGCCACUUUGUCCAAUCCUCUGUCAGCCUUUCAUAAUAACGCUCUGCAUCAGAACAGUGCUGCUUCUUCUGCUCAGCCUGCUCUUAGUGCAGAGACCUGUUUGGCAAACAUGAACCGGCUCAGCCUCAAAGAUCAAACCAAGUUAUCACAUGCUGAUCAGAAAACCCAGCUGACCACGCAGGUGAAGAGUUCAACUGGGGAGAACUUUCAGUCAGACCACGCAGCUUUCCUUAGUAUCCUCCGGAAUGAGGGCGUAAGCAACGCAGCUCUGGGAUCUGGAUUUGCAACUCCACAUUCCAAACAAUAUAAAUAUAUGCCUCAGCGAGUGUCUAUCCUGAAGAGUCGUCAGAAAGCUGCAGCAACCACAGGAUUAGAAAGGUUGGUGCAGUUCUCCCCGGACACCACCGCCCUGCAGAGUAUCCUCCAGAACGUGGGGGUGAAUGCUGGAGGGCUCCUAGGUACCACGCCCCGAAUGUCUGUCUGUCCACCAGGCCGAAACACUUCAAUCUACACAGCUCAGAGAGUACAAAUUAGGAAAAAUGUCACAGAGGCGACCGGCGGACCAGUGGUUGCACUCAAGGACACUCCAAAGAAAUGGUCUCCACAGAGAGUCCGCGACAGCAGACAGAAGCCCAUGUCAGCCAUGAAAUGGCAUUUAUCCGCACAGCAGUCACCGUAUACCAACACUCCAGGUCUGAGGAGCUGCAAAACCAACCUUCAACCACACCAGGAGGAGAUCGUGCAGAGAUUGUUUGAUGAUCAAGAGGAGCUGAACACCGACGAAGACCUUGAGACACAAACGCUCCCAGUUAAAGCUUUAAGUACUAAAACCCACCGUGAAGAAAAGGGAGAGCCAAGGAGAACUAACAGCAGCGAGGCUGAUGAGGACGAGGACGAGGAUGAGGAGGAGGAGCAGAGGGUGGCGGGUGUACAGCUGUUCCUCCAAGAACCACAAAGAGAGUCCGUCAUUUUCUUCUCUACGGGCAAAGCGCUGCUCAGAGCUCCACGCUUUGAGAAGCAGGAGAGCUCCUCUGACCAGGAUCAGCACCUUCCAUCAGACCAGAGAAAAGUGCUGCCGCUGCAUGAAGAGUCAUCAUCUGUGUCAAAACCCACCUGUCAGAUCAACACUUCUGUUAAGAGUCUGCACAGAGGCCUCAUUACUCAGAAGAGUCACGGUCUGAGUCCUGCGGUGGCGUUGCUGCGAAAACGUUUUCCUCCUCUUGAGGAAUUGCGUUUGGAUGAGGAGGUGGCCACCUACACCUCAGUGUCAGUCUCCACUGCUCCUGGGUUUGGUCCUCCUCGGCCUCGCUGUGGAAACCCACUGGCCUCCAUCCUGCACAUUGAAGAGUCCUCUAGAUUUGUUCCCAUUGGCUUUGAUCUCUCCUCUGGUCCUUCUUCCCCACACGGCUCUCCACAGCAGGAGAGAUGAUUUGCACUACAACUACAGUAUUUGUUUUUUUUACUGUGAAAGUCCAGAGAUGAUGUUAAGCUGAAACUAAUGUACUGAUGACUUUGUUUAAUGGAGCAGAUGAUGUUUGUCCAACACUGAUGUUUGCCAGCCUUAGUACAGGUCCAAAGAAUGCUGCUGGUGUAAUUGUUUUGAAACCACAAAUCUUUUUUUUCUUAAAAAUGUUAAUAUUACUUUCAAUAGAUGCUUUGCAAAAGAGUUUAUAUCUGUAAAAUGAAGCGUCGUUCAUCCUGAAGUGUUUAUGAUACGAGUCCAAAGACGAAUGUGGGAAAAAGUAAAUGUCGUAAAAGGUCAAUGAAUGCACUGGACCUCAUUAGUGUUAUAGCUGUAGGUUACCUAUAGAUUAUUGUGACAGAGCAUUUUCAAAGAAUUGACUUUCAAAUAAUGGGUUGUUAUUUGGAUUUUUUAAUGAGGACCGCAAAUUAAAGUUCUUAUUGUACAGUAUAAUAAAUGUAUAUAUGUUA